AUUUCGUGUUGUUGUUUUUUCUUCAGCUGAACAUGGAUUUGCAACGCGAAAAAAAGUGAAUGGUAGGAACAAUCGUGAACCUUCCUGUUCAAAUGAGGACGAUCAGAUUCCAUUACAUGUAAAAAAUGCCCUAGGUAAUGAUGAUGUCGUGCGGAGACAUGCGGCAAAAUCUCAUAAUGAGAAGAGUCAAAAUCGAAACAAAGUGAUAAUUGGCGACGACAAAGUUUACAAAAGAAGUUCAAAGGUUGAAGACACAGCUGUCACUGAUGAAUGUAACAGAAGUACAGAUAUACCAUGCGUGAAAGAAAGUCUCCCUUCUCCAGUUCAAGAAAGUAAAUCAUGCAACAGACGCUUUGAAACACAACUGGCAACCACAGUACACAGCAAACAUAAAACAAAUCAUGCUAAGACAAUUGUGCAAGAACAAUAUGAUCAGUUGACCAGUCCGUUUAGUUCUGAUGAAUACAAAAACUUUGAACAAGGUCAAGAUGACAAUACCCGUCCGAAAGUUAUUGAUGAUAAUGCAGCUUUUGACUAUACAAUGGCAGACAGCGAUUCAUCAGCAUUCAUGAGUGGUGCAGGUUGCUCAGACUCUUUUGUUUCAGUUAGACAAAAUAAACUUGAUACAGAUUCACAUUCCAUAGGAACAGCUGAAGGCAUAAAAAAUUCAGAUCAUGUUCUGACAAAAGAGAACUCAUUCAAAUCAUCACCGGUUUGCAAAACUACUAAAAAUGAAGGAUAUUUACAAAAACAAACAUCUUCGCCUCAUUAUCAUGAUUAUUACCCGUCAGGUCCUUUUUCUGAAUCUAGCAAAGAAGACCUAGUUCUGCCGUUAGCUGCACAAGGAAUCAAAGAUGAAGGUGCGGAAUCAUCGAAUGGUAUUUGUAGCAAACACGACGAGGAAAUUGCAUCAGAAACACAAGUGUUACCCAUGGGCAAUGGUGAUGUAAAUUUUCAUCAGGCGUCUACGUCUUCUUCAAAACAAACUAAAUUGACAGAUACUACGGAAACAGAAAAUACAACACAAAGCUUAGAGUCAAACUUAGAUGACGAAAGUAAUACAUAUGAAAAUAUUACGGUUAGCGAAAACAAAGAACAAAAUAUAUUCUCUACUGAAGAAAACGAAAUAAAAAGAGGCAGUAACAUCAGUACCAAAAGUACAUCUAGUUCUGGCAGCGAUAGUAGUACGGAUAGUGUCACGUAUGAAAGCCCAGACGAGGGUGCACAACAUGAGAAUGGGAAUUUCUUUCGAGAAGAAGAAUAUUAUUGCGAACACCCGAAAUACAUUGAAAGAAAUCUUCAAAACAAUCCUCCUGGGACAUUUCUUAUUUGCAAUAUCAGAUCCAAGCAAGUGAUGUGCCUUGUCACCGAUGAUGGCAUCAAGCGUUUCAUCAUUCAUCGGCAUGAGGAGAACCUAUCGCUUUUCAAAGAUAUUUCCAAUACAAAAAAUACCUUUCCCAGUCUGAACAAAUUACUCAGUUAUUACCAUGAGCACGAUUUGCCCUCUAACAACUUUACAGAGAGACUGAAACGAGCAUACAAAGCUGAAAAAGAAGAUUAAUUGGAUAAAAAGAAACUACUAAGUCAACUUACCGGAUAAAAAUACCUUAUACUUGUAAAAACAAACGAUAUAUGAUAAACGUACGCUUACUGAGUAUAUGCUCUGAAACUAAAACGAUACAGCAUGAAAGAGAUUCAAUUUUUAGUUACAGAUACUAGAUGGAAAACUUAUACAUCAUAAAUUUGACAAAGAUCUAUAACGAUGUAUAAUGUGUUAAUAAAUGAAACUUGAAAAAAAAAAUCAAAUGUUAAUCUACAGCUAAAAUUCACACAAAUAAUAUCUGAAAAGGGAUAACAAAUCUCACUAAAGUACUAAACGCCAAGAAUGUAAAAUGAAACUGUAAAGAAUUCAUACAUUUAGCUUCAGCGCAAAACGCAUUCAUUUUUUAUUCAAAGAACAGUGUAAAAACUGUAUUUAGUGUCUGUAGUAAAAGAAAUGAUGGCUUAUUUAAAGUAAUGAUGAACGUUUUGAUUAGUCAACAACAGCAAAACUCCCAUUUUCUUUGUAAUGCUGUUAUUUUUAUCAAGAGCUUGACGAAAAGAUAAAACAGUUCAAGUAAUAAAACCAUUGCAUAACAUUUGCAAAAAGAGAUAAACUGGAACGUUCUAACCCUUUUGUCAAUCUCAUGAAUUUCUUCUUUUAUUUAUGUUUUCGCCUUGUUUGUAAAUAAUUAUGUUAUUAAUGAUUAACCUGCUCGUUAAAUAUACAUGCAUUGUGAUUUAAUGAAAUGUAUCUAUAUACUUGAUUGAUGGCUUUUUCAGUCAGUUUUAUUAAAUCGUUACGUCAUUAAAUUAAUGUACUGUUUCUUAUAUCUGCGAUAUAAACGCACUGUCUGUUUUAUGUGACAAUGUGUUAAAAACGGAAGAAGUUAAAAAAAACAGAUUGAAAUACAAAAUAGGCUACUAUAUGAAUUUAGAGCAGAAAAUCAAUGGCAUUCCUUCGUGUAAUAUGUCAUAUCAAACAGUCGAAUUGAACGUAUUAUCAGACAACUAACAAAGUAUCAUAUUUAUUACAGGUUGCUAUAAAGUCGGAUGUAAUGCUUUUUCAAACUUGAAUUCCAAACAUCAAACACUGCAACAUGCUAAAAAGCGAGAAUAAUAAUGUUUUUGAAAGCCUGCAAUAGUAUUACUUUAUUUUUGGUAAUGGAUCCACUAUUUACAAAUUAAAAGACGACACAGAAAAGAUCAUAUAGCUAUGCCUAUGUUGUGUAGCCGAAAAACAGAAAUUCUUUUACGAAUAAAUAAUUGAUAAUUAGCAUGCUAUUUAGUUUUAAAAUUGUUAUUAUUAUCUAAAAAGAGUAUAUGUACAAAAAAGAGUGAAAUGUCAAAUUUGUUAAAGUUACAAAUAUUGAAUGUUUUAAUAAUAGACGUCAAAUUAUUAAUCAUGUAACCGGAAGAUUAAAUGUAGUAUCAUUAGUGCCAGCACUAUUAAGUAUUGAGAAUUGAAUACCGCUUAAGCCGGUUCUAGGGGCGUGAGUGAUGUUGCACGUAUUCAUUAUCCCUUAUGUACAGACUCAAUCAAACCGAGUCUACCAUUCUCUUGUUAUAUUUGUGUGAUUAAUGGUUCACUUUGUUUCCAGAUUUUUAUUCUUUGUCCAAUCAAUUGUUCUAAAAAUCUAUUAUGUUUGGAUGAUAAUGUCAAUUAAGCUGUCUGUACAUAAUAAGUUGUUAAACCUUAUGACUGCUAAAAUGUCCAGGUGAUGAUUGUUGUUAUAAAUUCCAUGUUGCUAUGUUACAUUAUUUUGUAUUAAAACCAGGUCAUUUUAUUAUUUAAGUAAAAAAGAUAUUAAAAUUCUAUUGGUCAGUGUAAAACUAAAUUAUUUUUAGAAAAGAAAUUUGGACAGUUAGAUUUUGGAUUUCCAAGAGAUAUCAUUGUGGCUUUCCACUAGAAAUACUUGUUACUGAUUUAAUAUCUAUUUUUUAAUGUCAGAAUAACCUGUGCAUAUUUAAUGUGUUAUAUGUGAUAAUCUCCUGAGAAAGAAACAUUAAAUUAAAAA